GGCUGGCGGGCGUGGGGAAAAUGGCGGCGGCGGCAGCUGCUGCGAACGGGACCGGAGGCAGCACCGGGAUGGAGGUGGAUGCAUCAGUAGUCCCCAGCGUGAUGGCCUCCGGAGUGACUGGUAGUGUUUCCGUCGCUCUUCAUCCCCUUGUCAUUCUCAACAUCUCAGACCACUGGAUCCGCAUGCGCUCCCAGGAGGGGCGGCCUAUGCAGGUGAUUGGGGCUCUGAUCGGGAAGCAGGAGGGCCGAAAUAUUGAGGUGAUGAACUCCUUUGAACUGCUGUCUCACACCGUGGAAGAGAAGAUUAUCAUUGACAAGGAAUAUUAUUACACCAAGGAGGAGCAGUUUAAACAGGUAUUCAAGGAGCUGGAGUUUCUCGGCUGGUAUACCACAGGGGGGCCGCCUGACCCCUCCGACAUCCACGUCCAUAAGCAGGUGUGUGAGAUAAUCGAGAGUCCCCUCUUUCUUAAGUUGAACCCUAUGACCAAGCACACAGAUCUUCCUGUCAGCGUCUUUGAAUCUGUCAUUGAUAUAAUCAAUGGAGAGGCCACAAUGCUGUUUGCCGAGCUGACCUACACCCUGGCCACAGAGGAAGCUGAACGCAUCGGUGUAGACCACGUGGCCAGAAUGACAGCCACAGGCAGCGGAGAGAACUCCACUGUGGCAGAACACCUGAUAGCACAGCACAGCGCCAUCAAGAUGCUGCACAGCCGUGUCAAGCUCAUCUUGGAGUACGUCAAGGCCUCUGAAGCAGGAGAGGUCCCCUUUAACCAUGAGAUCCUGAGAGAGGCCUAUGCUCUCUGCCACUGCCUCCCUGUACUCAGCACAGAUAAGUUCAAGACAGACUUUUAUGACCAAUGCAAUGACGUGGGGCUCAUGGCCUACCUUGGCACCAUCACCAAAACAUGUAACACCAUGAACCAGUUUGUGAACAAGUUCAAUGUCCUCUACGAUCGACAAGGCAUCGGCAGGCGAAUGCGGGGGCUCUUCUUCUGAUGAGCCAGUACUUGAAGGAUGCUGCACAGGGGUCAGGCAACUGUCCCAAAGGGGAGGGGAGCUACACUCCCUUUCAAGAAACCUCUGUGUCAUUAAUAAAAAGGGAGCAGCCCCUCAGCACCCAUUCCAGUGGCUGUGUCCUCUCUGUUAGGCACCACACAGGUUUCUCAGCUUAGAUCUUAAACAAGGCUCUUCAUUCCAGCCUUGCUUACAGAGGCACAAAUCCCUUUUAAUCAUCAGCUCUUGACAACCUUCAGUGACGGGAGUUCACUGCCACUUGAAGUGACCCAUGCUCGGUCAGGUGGACAUUUAUAUCGAGCCAAAGACUGCCUGCUUCCACCUAACCGAUAUUCUUUUAAGUCACCCUAUGACAUCAACGUACAUAGGCCAACCCUAUAAAUGUGAUAAAGGACUAAUUUUCCAAGCUAAAUUAAUUUCUUUAAUCCACUGUUUUUCACAGAAGAGGGGCAGAUAUGUUAUUAAGCACAUUUUAACUCUUAUUAGGGACAACUCAGCCUGGGUCCUUGUGGACAUUGUGAAGUGCAAAGAGGGGGUUUCCCAAUUAUUGCUGACAUAUUGAAUGCUUUCUGUACUGAUACAUGUGCUUACCCAUAUGAGCUCACUCUGAGGCUGAAGUAUUAUUACCCAUAAUUUGGAGGUAAGGAAGUGUUCUGAAAGACCGGCGCAGUGGUUAACAGCUUGGCUGCUAACCAAAAGGUUGGCAGUUCAAAUACACCAGCUGUUCCUUGGAAACCCUAUAGGACAGUUCUACCAUAUUCUGUAGGGUUGCUAUGAGUUGGAAUUGACUGGUACCAGGCAUCACAUUUCCACGUGCCACCUUCUAGUCCCCUUAAUCUCAGCACCCCCUAAAAAGGGCCUGGAGUAGGAGCUGGAGACUGGGAAUAAAAACAUGUCUGAUGGAACUAUUAAAGAGAUGGAAAAAACUAUUAAAGAGAUGGAAAAGGGGAAA